CGAGGGGAAGCCAGGGGCGCGCCCUCGCUGCGCCCCCAGCCCGGGCGCGAGCCCUCCGCGAAGGCCGGGGCCAUGGGGGCCCCGCGCCGCCGGCCGCGCGCGUCCCAGGGGUCCCCGCCGGUGCCGUCGCUCCUGCUUCUCCUGCUGCUCCUGUGCGCCCCGGGCCUGGCUCGCGCCUCCCCGAGGCUCUUGGACCACCCGGCGCCCGUGUGCACCCAGCAGGGGCUGAACUGCACAGUCAAGAACAGUACCUGCCUGGACGACACCUGGAUCCACCCUCGAAACCUGACCCCGUCGUCCCCCAAAGACGUUCAGACCCAGCUGUGCUUUGCCCACACGCAGCAAGGACACCUGCUCCCCGUGGUUCACAUCGAGUGGACGCUUCAGACAGAUGCCAGCAUCCUCUACCUGGAGGGGGCGGAACUGUCCGUCCUGCAGCUGAACACCAAUGAACGUCUGUGUGUCAAGUUUGAGUUUCUGUCCACACUGAAGCAUCAUCACAAGCGGUGGCGUUUUGCCUUCAGCCACUUUGUGGUGGAACCCGGCCAGGAGUACGAGGUGACCGUCCACCACCUGCCUAAGCCCAUCCCUGACGGGGACCCAAACCACCAGUCCAGAAACUUCCUGGUGCCCGACUGCGAGGACCCCAGGAUGAAGAUCACCACGCCCUGCGUGAGCUCAGGCAGCCUGUGGGACCCCAGCAUCACUGUGGAGACCCUCGAGGACCACCAGCUGCGGCUGAGCUUCACCCCGUGGAACGAGUCCACCAAAUACCAGAUCCUGCUAGACAGCUUUCUACCCGCGGAGAACCGGAGCUGCUUCCGGCGCGUCAUGGAUCUGACCGUGAUCCAGCCCUUCUUCAGCAGCUGCCUCAACGACUGCCUCCGACACUCGGUGGCCGUGCCCUGCCCAGAGGUCCCGCACACCCCAGAUGCCGUUGAAGACUACAUGCCCCUGUGGGUGUCCAGGUGCAUCCCCGGCCUCUCCAUCCUGCUGGUGGGUUCCGUCAUCCUGCUGGUCGUCUGCAUGGCCUGGCGGCUACUGGGGUCCCAUCACGGAAAAUAUGAAAACGGCACCAGAUGCACAGACGUCCUGCCCGCUGCCACCAGCCUGAGCCCCCCACCCUUGAAGCCCAGGAAGGUGUGGAUCGUUUACUCGGCCGAUCACCCCCUCUACGUGGACGUGGUCCUAAAGUUCGCCCAGUUCCUGCUCACCGUGUGCGGCACCGAAGUGGCCCUCGACCUGCUGGAGGAACAGGCCAUCUCGGAGGCGGGGGUCAUGACCUGGGUGGGCCGCCGGAAGCAGGAGGUGGUGGAGGGCAACUCCAAGAUCAUCGUCCUGUGCUCCCGAGGCACCCGGGCCAAGUGGCAGGCCAUCCUCGGCUGGGAGGACGCCACCGUCCAGCUUCGCUGUGACCGCGGGAAGCCCGCGGGGGACCUGUUCACGGCGGCCAUGAACAUGAUCCUGCCGGACUUCAAGAGGCCGGCCUGCUUCGGCACCUACAUCGUCUGCUACUUCAGUGACAUCAGCUGCGAGGCCGACAUCCCUGAGCUCUUCAACAUCACCUCCUGCUACGCGCUCAUGGACAAGUUUGAGGAGGUCUACUUCCGCAUCCAGGACCUGGAGAUGUUCGGGCCGGGCCGCAUGCACCGCGUCGGGGUGCUCACGGCCCAGAACUACCUGCAGAGCCCCGGCGGCCAGCAGCUCCGCGAGGCCGUGCAGCGCUUCCGACGCUGGCAGGCCCAGUGCCCCGACUGGUUCAAGCUCGAGAACCUCUGCUCGGCAGACGACCAAGACCUCCCGUCCCUGGAUGAGGAGACCUUCGAGGAGCCGCCGCCGGGAGGAGGGAUCGUCCGGCAGGAGCCGCUGGUGCUGGAACCCGCCUCCCAGGGCAGCCUGCUGGUGGAGCUGCUCCUCGCGGGGGAAGGAGGGGGCCCGUCGCGGCUGGAGCCCCAGCCUUGGCCCCAGGAGCAGCCGGAGGCCCAGACGCUCCAGACCACGGUGGUCCCGGUGGACGGGGCCCCUCCGGCGCAGGCGGUGGAGCCCGUGCCUCAGGCCGUCAGGAGCGGUGCCGCCAGCCGGCUGGCCCUGGCUGGGGGAGGCGAGGCCUGCCCGCUCCUGGGCGGCUGGGGCCCUGGGCGGAACAGCCUCCUCUUCCUCCCCGUGCACCCCGAGGACCCGCCCGUCCGCAGCAGCCCCGCGGGGCGGCCGGACGGCUCCGUGCUGCCGGCCCCGCAGCAGAGCCCGAGCUGCCAGGACGUGCGCGCGCCCCCUGGGGAGGAGGAGCGGCGGUCGGUGCAGUCGGACCAGGGCUACAUCUCCAGGAGCUCCCCGCAGCUCCCGGACGACGACGACGGGGACCGGGGCGGGGGGCCGGGCGGGCAGCCGCUGUAUCCCGAGGGACUGGAGAGCCUGCGGAGCCUCCAGCUGCAGCUCUUCCUCCAGGAGCUUCGCAAGAACCCUGGCCUGGAGCCCAAGGGGCCGCCGCGUGGGGCCUCCCCCGCCCAGGGCGGUGAGCACGUGUGUCUGUAGGUGUGCACGUGUGGACGUGUGUAUGCUCGUGUGUGAGACGUGUACCUUUAAAACGUAAACACCUUGACUCUGUCCCCUUAACCUUUCUUCCCGUGACCGUCCCCACGAGAAUCCACAGCCUGUUCCCAGGAGCUAAUGGCAGUGUCCUUGGGUGUCCGUCAUGCAUUCCUUCAGCCUUUAUUUUGUGCCCAGCAUUGCCCUGAGCAUCAAGGAGCUGCCCGUCCAGUGAGAGGGACAGGGUAGCACACGGGGUGGGGCGCGAGAUGCAGAGGCUGCCAGAAGCUCGCCUGGGGCCGUGAAGUCUGCAGAAGGGGCACCUGGCCCAGGGAGAAGCUUCUGGAGGAGGACAUGUCUGAGCCGAAGGAGCAGCUCGUUUCCCGGGCCGAGGGCCGCAGGCGAGUGGGGCAGGGCUGUAAGCGAGCCUGCCGCGGAAGGCGAGGCAGUGGGCGCAGCCCGGGGAGGCCUCGGGGCCAGGCUGGGUGCGGCUGGGGCUCCUUCACCAGGAUGAGUUGCUGCCGUCAGGAGGCUGAGGGCCAAACACACCUAGUCAUUUUUGGAAAGAGACCAGAUAGAAGUGAGGGUCGUGGCCCCUGACAUCAGGGCCUGAGCCCACGCAUGGCCUCCGUCAGCGGGAGACCUACAGCCGAGGAUUCUUUCGGGGCUGCAGGCUGGGCCCCUGGGCUGCAGCCCCCGAGCUCGGGAAGCACAGGGAGCCCCCAGCCCUGUGCACGUUGGGGUCCCCCCCUGGGAUUGAGGGUUCUCUUCGCCUGUACCUGAGUCCUGAACUGGAGCUCCAGGCUCCUGCCCGGAGGAGAGGAUUCUGAAGUUCGGUGGGAAAUCAGAUACCAGGGUGUGAAAAGAGCUUAUCAAUGAAAGAAUGAAUAAAUUUGUUAACUCAGGUUAGAAUUCCUGGCGGUCAAGUCACACGUUGCUAUAGGUCAAGAAGUUCCUAGUGGCAGAGGCCUUUCUCGUGGUGAGAUUGUGCCUGGUAGCAGCAGGCCUUCGAGGCCCAGGCCCCGGACGGUGCAUAGCUCACAGCCAGCCCGCUGGUAGCAAAGGACCAGGUACGGGAGUGCUAUAGACUGGCGUCCGUGUCCCCCCAGAUCCUUAGGUUGACACCUAAUCCCCAGUGUGAUGGUGUUGGGGAGGACCUCUGGGAGGAGAUGAGGGCGUGGGUGGGGCCUCUUGGACGGGACGAGUGCCCUUAUAGGAGACCCCACAGGGCCCCCUCGCCCUUCUGCCGUGCGAGGACACAGCGAGAUGGCCGUCUGUGAAGGGACUCGAGGAAUCUGCCGGCACCUUGACCUUGGACUUCCAGUCUCCAGCACCGUGAGGGGUGUUUCUGUCGUUGAUAAGCUGCCCAGUCUGCAGUGUUCCGUUACAGCAGCCCGAGCGGACUAAGACGGGGACAGAGGAGCUGAGCCUCCCCAUCCACCAGCCUCUGAGGCGCCCACCCCUCUGAUGAUGCAGAGCCCCCAGUCUCACACUGGUCUCAGCUGGCCGCAAGUGCUGGAGACUCCGUCAGCCUGAAUAUGGUGUCAGCCGUUUGCCGAACAGCGAGAGCAUCAAGUGUGAAUAAGGCCAGGCCUCUCUUCUCGUGCUGUUCUGAACCUCGGCUGAUAAAAUCCUGCCUCACCCAGAGAGGUCCUCCAAGAGCCCAUGUCCUGCGGUCUGUGACCGCCACCCCUGGACUCCUCUCCUGGACAGAGUGACAGAAGGGACUUGAGGAGGCAGGAGGACCCCCGGCCACAUGACCCUCGUGGAUGUCCACGGCUUUUCCUGUAGGAAGACGAGGAAUGAUUACGUGGGGCUAUGGACCUUGCCGGAUUCGUUGGUUCUGAAUCAGCUUCUCUUUUCUGCUCAGGAAGGUCCUCAGGUUUUGGAGGGUGUUUUGUUCAUCACUCAGCAGGUUGAGCUGGGCCUCUGAACGCCGGGUGUGAUGGAUUUUACUGAUUUCCUGGUUACCUUUGAAUCAGAAAGAAGGGAGAGUGUGAUGCUCACAGAAUGAUGGCGGUUUCCAUCCUACAGCCUUUGCACUCUGCGGGGGGCAGUCUCCCCUCCCAGGUAAACAACGGAGGGGCCUUCCUGCGAAGACCUGCCCGGUGAGGGCCCAAGUGUACUGACGAGCCUUGCCUGUCAGAGGAACGGGGAAGGAUGGGAGAAGUCUAGUCCAAUGCCCCCCAUACCCAGGCACCCUUUCCUGGGGGGAGUCACCUUCGGUUCUUCACGCCUAAGUGUGACUCAGUGCCCUGGCUCCUUCCCUUCCUGAGAAGAGAGUCCGCCUGCAGCCUGACUGGGGGCCUGCGGGACUCACAGGAUGUGGAUCCAGCCCCUGCUCUUUAGCCAGAACCUGACAUCGAAAGGGAAGCCACAUCCAAGGGCUGCCCGCGGCCGACGGACAUGGUUCAGACCCGGAUUCCCUUCCUGACCGCAGUGCAGCCUCCAGCAAGUGGCUCCAUCCUUCUGGGCUCGGGGCUGGAGGGGAAGCUCCCCAGAGGGGCUGCGAGGACCCGGAGGGGCCGGCCAGCGGAGCACAGGCCGGCUGCAGGGCCAGACUCACCCGACACGACCUCCCCUCUUGAGCAGGCGAGGGGCAGCUCAGCCGCGAGAAACGUAGUCAAGGUGGUCACCUUACCGUCCAUCCGCAUUUAGGGAGAAAUGAAGACACGGUCUUUGCUGUUCUGAAACUAUUGUAUGUGUAAGUUUUGUCCCCAUUACGAUUGUGAAUGUCUUGACGGAAAGGACCAUUUUUGCACAUAUUGCCCCAUUACCGCAGCCUGUGAAGUAAGGGACAUCGCUGCUGUCUUAUAAGUGAGGGACGGCCCUGGAGGCCAGGUGGUGCCAGCGCCCAGCUGGGGGGCAGGCAGGGCAAGCGAGGCGGGUCCUUGGCCUCACCGUUUGAAUAGCGCCUGAAUAGUGCCGGCUGUUUCUGUGCUAAAGAACAA